AUCGAUAGUUUUGGGUACCAAACAAGCAAAGAAAGGAAUCAACGAAAAACAACGUGCUGACAUAUUUCCAACCUUGUCUCCCCCAACUUCGUACUUCCCACAGUUUCCCUAUCUCCUCUCAGAUCCUUUAAAGAUUGUCAAAAGAUCAUUCGCGGUGCGUUUGGUUUGAGUAACGAAAUAAAACGCCUUGGGGGUUUAUUCUUCGGAAGCUCCUUUUGUCUGGUGUCAAAAUCUCUUGCCUUCUCCCCCCAAGAUUCUGCUCGCUUCUGGUGAGAAUCAAUCGCUGCGCCGGGAAGCUUUUUCUUUGUUGCCCACCGGGUUUCUCUUCAAUUUCACGAGCCUGUUCGGGAUUUUCGUUCUUUGGGUGGUGAAUUGCGGGUGGAAAGAGGUCAUGUUUGCUUUUGGCACUGCUUCAGCAGCUGCUCCGGUGGGAUCACAAUUGGAUCAGUCUUAAGUUGGGGAUAUCUAUCUUGCAAACUCCUUUUUGUAGAUUUAUUUGGUCCUUCUGAUUAUGGUCGAUCAGUGAUAACAGAUGCGAGCAGAUGCAGAGGGAUGCCCUGGUUUGGACUUCACAUUUUCAUAUUCGAAGGGAGAACUCUGCAACGCAUCAAGAUGCAAUUUUGUGCUUCACUGAAGGCUGCUGCACAGAUAAUCAUUGAGGAAAAUCAUUCAGCACAUUGCUUGUAAUUGUGAAUUUACAUGUAAAACAGAGUAAAGAUGGGGAGAUUGAAGCUAGUGCUCUUGUUCUCUCUGCUUUCGGCAGCGCUGCUUGAUUCUGUCCAGACGCAAUCACUAGGCAAUGAAGUUUCCCGUACAAUAGCUGCUCCUCAUAAGAAUAACAAUAUAAUAGAUGGCAGCGGGGAGGAGAAAUCCUUCAGUUUUAAUGAUUUAAAGGUUGGAAUGGGCGACAGGAAGGGUUCAAGUGGUAAAGUUUCGAUCUCCACCGUCGCUUUGUUUACCCUUGCAAUGGCCGCUGCAACAGGUUUGGGAGCAGUUCCUUUCUUCUUUGUGGAGCUGGACCCGCAGUGGGCUGGUUUAUGCAAUGGAAUGGCUGCUGGUGUGAUGUUGGCAGCGAGUUUUGACCUCGUGCAGGAAGGUCAGGAGCAUGGUGCUGGGAGUUGGGUAGUCAUUGGUAUUUUAUCUGGUGGAAUCUUCAUUUGGCUUUGUAAGAAGUUUCUCGAACAAUAUGGAGAAGUCAGCAUGCUGGACAUAAAAGGUGCAGAUGCUACCAAGGUUGUUCUAGUUAUUGGUAUAAUGACUCUCCAUUCAUUUGGGGAGGGUUCCGGGGUUGGGGUUUCAUUUGCUGGCUCCAAGGGUUUCUCCCAAGGCCUGUUAGUGACUCUGGCCAUAGCUGUCCACAAUAUACCCGAGGGAUUAGCUGUGAGCAUGGUGCUUGCAUCGCGAGGCGUUUCUCCACAGAAUGCCAUGCUGUGGAGUAUAAUUACUUCAUUACCUCAGCCACUCGUGGCGGUUCCUUCAUUCAUUUGUGCGGAUGCAUUUAACAAAUUUCUGCCCUUCUGCACUGGCUUUGCUGCUGGGUGUAUGAUAUGGAUGGUUAUAGCGGAGGUACUUCCUGAUGCGUUGAAGGAAGCCUCUGCAUCAGAGGUUGCAUCAGCAGCCACACUCUCGGUGGCAUUUAUGGAAGCACUCAGCACGUUUUUCCAGAAUUUCAGCCAUGACUACAGUUCAGAAGAUGCUUCAGGGUUCUUCGUUUCUCUCCUCUUUGGACUGGGACCACUGCUUGGUGGGGCUCUUCUUGUUGCGUUCGCACUCACAUUCCGGCUCCAGCAUGCCCUCCUCAUGGGGUCAGCCUCUGGGAUUGCCUUCGUCCUUGGUGCCUGGCGGCCCCUUCAGCUUCUCCUCUUCUCCAAGAUGGGCCUUCUCCCCCUCCUCACCCUCCUCGCAUCAGGAUCCCUUUCCCUGCACUUAUUGUGCUCCAGUAUCUUAAGACUCAUGGCCUGCAAGAAAGCCUCGGUCAAUAACUUACCCUCAGUAUCGGGCUUCCCCGUCAGCACCUUCACCCUACAGUCAUUUCUAUCAUGUGGAGCUGUGGGCCUCCACGCUAUGGCUGAGGGUCUUGCCCUUGGGGUAGCAGCUCCAAAGGCCUAUGGGCUGGGCCGCCACAUGGUCCUUCCCGUGUCCCUCCAUGGACUCCCCCGAGGGGCAGCUGUUGCCAGUUGUAUCUUCGGGGCUACUGAUAGCUGGCAUGGCUCCCUUGCCGCAGCCACCCUGAUUGGGUUUGUGGGCCCUGUUUCAGCCAUUGGGGCGAUCCUUGCGGGAAUCGACUACAGUGGGCUGGACCACGUGAUGGUGUUCGCCUGCGGGGGAUUAAUCCCCUGCUUUGGGAUGAUAGUGCGAAGAGCUGGGAGACUGGACACAAGGAAGAGCAGUGUUGGGUUGAUGCUCGGUGUUGGGUUUGCGACUAUCUGUUUGACGUGCACCAAGUUGGUCUGCUUGCACACGCCAUACUGCAACUCUGCCCCUGAAGCCGUUAGAUGACCAGACUUUCACUCUCUCAUGUCUCCAAUUUCUGAUCUGAAUCGAGUGAAAUUUGUGUAUCCAGUCUAGCAAAGCCGGGAUUGUCGGCUUAGAAAUUUUGUGUCUACAGACAGGCAAACCUUAUAGGUGGAAAAACUCAAGAAUGAUCAAAAGAAAUGUCCCCGUAAAGGCGGAUGUUCGACUGAGUAAAGAGGUUACAGGAAGUUUUCUUGUGCAUAGCAUGCGUUAGAUUUGGGAAAUAUAUCCACAUGGCCAUGAUAGACCAUUUAAUUUCA